AUGUCAAGUUUGGUAUACCGUGAAGCAAUCGAAACAGAUCGGAGGUCUUCAUGGAAAAACCUGCACAACUGUAUACGAUGCCCUUAUUUUACAACAUCUCUUUUUCUUAUGACAAACCACGUAAGACGACACAAUUCCUCUAUGGAAAAAUUUACUUGCGACAGCGUCAAAAUUGAAGCGUAUUAUUGCAAAGACUGUGAUUUUAGAACGGAACUAACAGUUUUAUUUAAACAACACAUUGAUAAAUAUCAUGGUCCUAAGAGAGAAUCUAGAGACGAUGUAUCAAGACGUACCGGAAAGAAAGAAAGUAUUCAAAGUGUGACUUGUCCGAAACCGAAUGCCAUAUACAGUUCCAAUUUCAAGCAAACUGACGAAAUAUGUUGGUAUUACUGUGCUGAAUGUACCUACAAAGCUAAAUUCAAACACAAUUUAAUACGUCAUAUAGGAAAUCGGCAUUUGAACAAGCGGUAUGCAUGCGACAAGUGUCCAUUCCAAAGUAGAUUUGCAGCAGCUUUAAAAAGCCACGUAAAUCGAAUCCACUCAGAUAAACAAAAUGUUGAAUGGCACAAGUGCGAAAAAUGUUUAUUCAAGACCAAAACAAAAGGUAGUUUAACUAGGCAUAUCAAGACUUUACAUUUGAACGACGAAGAUAUUAAAUGGUAUAAGUGUACUGAGUGUUCUUUCAAAGCUAAAUAUGAAACGUCUUUAAAGCUACACGUAACUGCAAAACAUCUAGAUGAUGAAAAGGUUAAGUGGUACGAGUGUAAGGAGUGUUCAUACAAAAGUAAAACAAAAUCAAAUUUAAAAAGGCAUGUAGAAAUCCAUUUGGAGAUCAAAUUGUAUCAGUGCGAAUGUUGUCCCUAUAAGACGAAACGUAAUGGUGAUUUAAAGCGCCAUAUAAAUAACCGUCAUUUGGAUGGAAUUGACGCAAAAUGGUAUAAGUGCGAACACUGUUCUUAUGAAAGUAAAAAUGGACCAUCCUUUUAUAAACACAGAAAAAAACACGUGUCGGAUUUGGUUGAGCCGCCACUGCUCCCCGGUACGACGCUUAUGGGUUCCCGAGCUUUCUUUUACGGCGAUAAUGACGCGUCGUGGAUGACGUCACCCAGGCAGCGCUCAAAUAAAGACAAGCCGCGAGCGGAUUACCGGUUACCGGAAGUUUCGAUUGCGGCGUCCAGAAAACGCUCGAAGCGGCGUUCGCUAAAGAAAGGCCUUGAAGCGGGAGUUGCGAUGGAUUCCAGAAAGAUCUCGGUUGGAAACAUCGAGAAGGGAAUAUGA